AUGACACCACCCUCCAAUCCGGGCCUCUCCAUCCUGAACGGGCAUCCCAGCUUGAUCCCAGGUCCUACCCUCCUCCACGAACUUGUGCCAUCCCCCACAAACGUAGAGAAUCUCGCCAUCGAUUUUCUUGAAGAUGGAAUCAGGAGAGAGAUUUCGUACAAAUCGCUGCACUCCCUUAGCGAUCUUCUUGCAAGGCGGAUCGCCAGUGCCUUGGCCACCCUGACACAUGCCUGUCCCGUUGUCCCCAUCUUUCUACCUCAGUGUCCUGAGCUUUACAUCGCAAUAUUAGCCGUCCUCAAAGCAGGAAAGGCUUUCUGCCCUCUCAGCCUAGACACUCCAUCAGAGAGACUCGAGUUCAUUCUCGGCGAUCUGAACGCAGGCCUGGUUGUCACAACAUUAGCGCAUCGCUCAGAUGUCUUUGCAAGGACAAACAUAAUCACUUUAUACAUGGAUGGUGGUCCCUAUGACGACGAUGUUACGGCUCCGCCCAGCGUCGUGACGACCGAUCUGGCAUAUGUGUUGUAUACAUCAGGUUCCACCGGUCUACCCAAAGCCGUGGGAGUUUCUCAUCAAGCCGUCACUCAGAGCCUACUGGCUCAUCAUCGCCACAUCCCAGACUUCAACCGCUUCCUUCAAUUCGCUGCGCCGACCUUUGACGUUUCUAUCUUCGAGAUCUUCUUCACCCUCUUCCGCGGCCGAACCAUCGUAGGCUGUUCUCGUUCACGCAUGCUUGCCGAUCUGCCCGCUACCAUCAACAAACUGCACGUCGAUGCUGCCGAACUAACCCCUACAGUUGUUGGCAAUCUGCUUCAGGGUCGAACAAGCGUACCAAGCCUCACGUUACUGCUGACCAUUGGGGAGAUGCUAACAAGAAAGAUUAUUGAAGACUUUGGCGGCGACUCCGAGUCCCAAAGCAUAUUAUGGGGCAUGUAUGGGCCAACUGAGGCAGCUAUCCAUUGCACCCUGCAAGCUGGAUUCCAGAAAGGCUCUGUCGUUGGCAAUAUUGGUUAUCCCCUCGAUACUGUUUCAAUCUUCAUCGCAAAACCGACAUGCGAAGGAGACUUGGCCGCCGAUGUGACAAUUCUUCCAAUUGGAGAAGUGGGCGAAUUGGUCGUAGGUGGUUAUCAACUUGCAGAAGGAUAUUUAAACCGCCCGGAACAAACAGCAGCUGCUUUUGUACAACACCCGGUUUUCGGCCGCCUCUACAGAACUGGCGAUAGAGCCCGCCUCCUGCCAGACGGCACAUUAGAAUGUCUUGGCCGUAUCACCUCCGGACAGGUCAAAUUGAAGGGUCAAAGGGUGGAGCUUGGUGAAAUCGAACAGUACCUCUCGAAAAUUGAAGGCUGCCUCGCGUCGAUAGUCCUCGUCGUCGACGACAUUUUGGUGGCUUUCUGCACAGUAGGACCAGCUUCACUUACAAGGGACCAUAUUAUAUCUGCCUGCAAACGUUGGCUACCCAGCUAUAUGGUACCCGCAGAUAUCGUCUUCGUACGUCACAUGCCACAAUCGACAUCUGGAAAAGUUGACAGAAAUGCCCUGAGGUCGUUGUACCUCCGCGGAAGAAUCUCGAGGGAGCUCCCCACUCCACCUGAGUCACCUCCAAACUCCCCUAUCUACCAGAUCCUUCAAGACGUUUUAGGGAGGCCAAUUCCGCUAUCCACUCCUCUGGCAUCUCUGGGACUGGACUCACUCUGCUCCAUCCGAGUAGUAUCUCUCCUGCGCGCAAAAGGCUAUAACGUGAGCGCCGCCGAUGUAAUGUCCGCUUCUCACAUGGAGGACCUUGCCUCAAUCUGUGAUUCCACAAUUGGGAAGAUUGAGGAACCGCCACUUUCCAAAACCUACGACGAUCUUAAGGAAUUGACACUCAAGCUGCCAACUGUCGCACGCUACCGCGAUUUAAUAGUCGAGAUUAUCCCCUGCACGCCUUUACAAGAAGCUAUGCUUGCAGAGUCGAUGCACCAACCGGGUGUUUACUGUAACUGGAUUGAGCUCGAACUAUCCACUUUCCAUACACUCACCGAAAUCAGAAGUCAUAUAGACCGCCUUGCCGGAGAUAAUGAGAUAUUGCGUUCUGGAUUCGCACCUGUACGAACAAGUACGGGAUCCUUCUCCCAAAUCAUCUUGGAAAGACUGGAUUCUGAUCAGAUCAAGGUCGUGGAUCGAUUUUCAAGGGAAUACACUCUCGAAUCAGAUGAAGCUCUGCUCCGACCAUUUAGCGUACAGGUGGAUAUGAACCUGCCAAGACCUAAACUUCUAUUCCAGAUGCACCACGCAUUGUACGACGGCUGGUCCGUUGAUCUCAUAUUACGCGAUUUGAACAACCUGUUCCAAGAUAAACCAAUCGAUGCCCGACCGCCAUACCGUCAGGUCGUGCAAUAUUACUCUGGAACGCAGCACGGAGACGUGGCGAAAGCCCAUAUCUCAUACUGGAGUCGACAACUUGAUGGUUAUAACCCUAUCAACUUGCCUAACUUCAAUGGGAAGAUAAUAGGAUCUAAAUCCGUUGAAAGACACACCAGGAUAUCCGGAGUGGACGCACGACUGUUGCUUAGUCGUGCCCAAGAGUACUCAGUCAAUCCCCAGGUAUUCUACCAAGCCGCGGUCAUCCGUAUGAUGAGCCUCUUCCUAGGUUCUACCGAUGUGGCCAUUGGUACUGUAACCUCUGGAAGGACAAUCCCCUUGACCGACAUCGAAAGGAUUGUGGGACCAUGCAUCGCCUCACUCCCGUUACGCGUUGAUCUUGCAGAAUGUCGCACGGGUCUCGAUGUGCUACGAAAUGUCCAAAGGGCAAACAGAGAAAUGAUCCAACAUUGCACAUUACCUCUAAAAGAUAUCGUGAAGAUCCGUGGCCUUCGUCCAGGCACCCAGAUAUUCGAUGUUCUCUUUGUCUGGCAACAAUCGCUCUUCCCCACUCAUCAUGAUGAUACCAUAAAGAUACUUGACAACGCGGAUCAGCUUGAGUACAAAUUGACCCUAGAGUUUGAACCGCACGAAGAUUGCAUUUUCUCUAAAGCUACCUAUGAUCCUCGCACUUUUCCUGAGGCCUCAAUUCGCCAUCUCUUCCACCAGGUCGACGAUAUCGUCAGGUACCUUCUGAAUACUGCUCACGAGAAUUUCGACAGAGUGCUGGGCUGCUUCAGUCCCGAGACUCUAUCCAUUGCCAAUCCAAUUCCGAAAUCGAAACCCAUCAAACAUGGUCCGGCUUAUGCUGUAGAGAGAUGGGCGGUGGAGACACCUUGCCGGGAAGCCAUUCUUUUAGCUUCUCGGAGGGAUGGGGCUCUGAGAAUAACAUGGAGUAUCUCAUACCAGGAUCUCAAUAUGCGAGCUAACCAACUGGCACAUGCUCUGGCAAAACUCGGUUUACAAGAAGACGAGCUGAUUGGUGUCAUUAUGGAGAAGUCCAUUGAUCUUUACGUCGCGAUUCUAGCGAUACUGAAGUUGGGUCAUGGAUAUUUACCCAUUGUGCCUGAUACACCUGCAGAGAGGACAGCUAGAAUACUGACAAAUGCUCGUAUCCGGAUUUGUAUAAGUGAACGAGCCAUAUCACGACGGAUUCGUGGCAUAUCGUCGUGCCACGUCAUUGACGUUGACCUCAUGGAUUUUUCGUUACAUCGUCAUUGGAACCCCGAAGUAGUCUACGAGGGAUCAAAUGUUGCCUACGCGGUGUACACAUCCGGCAGCACUGGUACCCCAAAAGGCGUUUUGGUCACACAGGACAAUCUCAUGAGCAACAUUGAAUAUCUCUACAGUGUUUAUCCUACAACCCCAAACUCAAGACUGUUACAGGCCUGCUCCCAGGCUUUCGACGUCUCAGUGUUCGAGAUAUUCUUCGCCUGGUACGCUGGUAUUUGCUUGUGUACGGCCACUAAAGACGAUCUCUUCAGCGAUUUGGAGAAUUCGAUAAGGAUCCUAAGAGUCACACACCUAAGCCUCACUCCCACUGUCGCUUCACUCAUCAAUCCGGAUCGCGUACCAAGCGUUCAAUUUCUCGUAACUGCCGGGGAGGCUCUUACAGAGCAUGUUAGGAGACAAUGGUCAAGCAGGGGACUGUACCAAGGCUACGGUCCGUCUGAGACCACGAAUAUCUGUACUGUUCGCGGGCCUUUCAGAACCGAAGACCUGAUCAACAAUAUAGGGUCUCCAUUUGAGAACACGUCGGCCUUCGUCUUAGCCCCGGAGGGUGAACAUAUCUUACCUCGAGGCGCUGUAGGCGAGCUCUGCUUUGGCGGAACGCAGGUCUUCCGCGGCUAUAUGAAUGACCCGGAGCUUACCGCGAGGAAAAUCAUAGAACAUCCUCAGUACGGUCGAAUCUAUCGUUCCGGCGAUAUGGGAAUACUGCUUCCGGAUGAUUCUAUACUAUUCACCGGCCGCAUCGAUGACCAGGUCAAAAUACGUGGACAGCGAGUGGAACUCGGCGAGAUCACCUCGAAGAUACUUGACAACAACGACGUCGAAGACUGCGUAACACUCCUUUUCCAAUUGGAAAACGAUAACCAGCGAUUGGUGGCAUUUUGGGUUCCCAAAAAUGCGAGCAGCGACGUUUUCGAACCACUCACACCAGCCGAGUUUCAUCCUGCCAUUGUUUCCAUCUACCAGACGCUGGGCUCGAAUUUACCAGAAUAUAUGGUGCCGACGCAUCUGGUGCCCAUAUCCAAGAUUCCCCAAACCGCUCAAUCCAAAGUUGACAAAAGACUCCUUUUUUCCACGUACAAAGGCAUAUCAAAUGAGUUCCUUGAACCGGCGGCGUUCAGCGUGUUGCCGAUGGGAAAAUCCAACGGUUUUAAUGAGAGGGAAAGAUUGAUUGCGGCAAUUCUAGCCGACAUCAUCAAAGUGCCCCAAGACUCUAUCUCGCCGACAGCGUCUUUCUUCAACUUAGGGUUGGACUCCCUAUCCGCUGUACAUUUCUCAAGAGAGCUCAGGUACGCUAGAGUUGCGGACGUCCCUGUCUCUUCCAUCAUGAAGCACUCCACCGUCGCCGCUUUAUCCGCGAAGUACCCUCAUUUCGAGGAGCCGCGAAUUCCACGUCUGGCACGAGCAAAAAAAGCUCAGGACGUUUUAACUCGUAGGCUGCGACGGCGGUUAGCUUUAGAUUACAGGGCCCAAAUAGUGCAGGUGCAAGAGCUACUGCCCUGUACAGCUUUACAGGAGGCUAUGGUUUCUAGGUCAAUCGAGGGCCGCGAUUUAUCUUAUUGCAACACCAUGAUUUUCAGCGUGAACGGAGACAUUCAUCGCUUACAAGAAUGCUGGGCGGAGAUGUUUAAAAGACACCAGAUCCUUCGCACCGCCUUUCUACCCACCGAUGAACCGGAUCGUCCAUUCGUUCAAGCUGUACUGCGCUAUGAGCAAUUCCAAUGCGAGGAGAUCCAGUCAGCUCGAAACUUUCAAAUCGAGGUUUCCAAAUCGAUUUUACAGUUGCUUCAAUCUGGCAAGCCACCAAUCCGGCUCAUGACUCGGCAGACUGAUUCGUCGAACCAGUUGAUUCUAUGUUGCCAUCAUGCUCUUUAUGACGGUGUAGCGAUGGCAGUGCUUAUGAAGGAAGUCGAGCAGGUAUAUCAUGGAGAACAGCUGCAGCCGCCCGUUCCGUACGAACCAUACCUGUACCAUGUUGUCUGUCAUGACUUUGCUGCCGCUGAUCGAUUCUGGGAGUCUGCCCUCGUCGGUAUUGAGCCCACCAAUUUUCCUUCUCUCACUGGCAACACGAAAGAUCUGGAGCCCACCUUGGCCACCUCUGUUUCCUCGAAGGUUUUGAGUACCUCUUUGAGCGAAGCAUCACGAUUCAGCCACAGCAUUGGAGUUUCACUCCUUUCGGUCAUACAGGCCACAUGGGCUAAACUUCUCUAUUUCUAUACAGGGGAACAAGACUUGUGCUUCGGAAACGUCGUGAGUGGGCGGACCCUACCAGAAGACGACUUGGACCGCUUGGUGGCGCCUUGCUUCAACACUGUUCCUGUUCGCGUCAAUACUGGGUUCGAAAAGAGCAACAUUUGCAUUGUCAAGGAAUUCCACGCAUUUGGCAUUGAUAGUAUGCCAUAUCAACUAACUCCGCUCCGCCGCAUCCAAGCACACAUGUGUAGAGGUCAAGGCCCUCUUUUCAACACAAUUGUCCUUCUCCAGCAACCUACCACUGCUCUGGAUAAAGCUAUUUGGACCCUGGAUGAAGAUAUUGGAGACAUGGAACUUCCCGUCGUUUGCGAGGUACUCCAGGAAACAGCGGGAGACUUGCUAAGGCUGAAUUUACACCACGACACUUCGCUCAUAUCAAUUGAUGAUGCGAAGGUCGUACUGGAAACUUUCAGUCAUGCUCUUCAAUGUCUCCUCAAGUUUCCCGAUGCUCCAGCUAGGGAUACUAUCGGCUUUCCUCGAGAAUUGUUGGCUACCGCCAAUCCGGAUAUCGACAUACAGGAAUUGGCGGACUCCCAAUUCCUGCACUCCGCCUUUGAAAGAAAUGUCAUGGUUCGCCCCGGGCAUAUUGCGCUCGACUUUAUACAUAGCAGUGGCAGCAGAACAAGUUGGUCUUUCGAACAGCUCAAUGCGUUGGCGAAUCAAACUGCGCAUUGCCUGAUUUCGCAAGGUAUUGGCCCUGAGGAUAUAGUGCCCAUCCACAUGCUCAAGGGUCCUCAGUUCUACGCUAGCGUUCUUGGGGUCUUGAAAGCGGGUGCCGCUUUUACCCCAUUCAACCCCGAUCUUCCAAAGGCCAGGAAAGAAUUCAUGCUUGCUGAACUCAGCUCGAAGGCCAUACUAUGCGCCGAAGGGGAAGAGCUGGAUUGGUGCCCUAACAUCAUGCCCAUAAACGUGUCAGAUACACAACAAUAUUCGACAGAGAACCCAACGGUACCAGAUCUGGCACCUACAAACUUGGCGUAUUGCUUGUACACAUCCGGGUCUACAGGGGUGCCGAAAGCAGUGAGCAUGGAGCAUCGUGCACCCAUUCAAACGAUCCAAAACAGCAGAGAUCGAAUACCAUGGCAUCCCGACUCAAGAUUGCUACAAUAUGCAGCCACCACAUUUGAUAUGUGCUAUUACGAUUGUUUCAUAGCUUGGUCUUUUGGCUUUACUCUCUGCGCUGCAGAACAAGCCGCAAUGCUUGAUGACCUUCCCAGUGUGAUUAGAUCACUCAACGUGGACCUCCUGGACCUUACACCUUCGGUCGCUGCAUCACUCAAAAGAGCAGAGGUGCCUUCAGUACGGUGGUUGUACUGCAUUGGGGAGGCUAUGUCUCCAGAAGUUGUAAAAGAAUGGGACGGAGCAUGUGUCAACUCUUAUGGUCCCACAGAGGCUGCAUUCUGCACAACCAUCUUCCCUGUAGAACCCGGAAGGAGCGUCAAUGUUUUCGGCAAGCCGUUUCUUUCGACUACUUUAACUGUUGUUCCUCUGUCAGGUGGAGAUGUGUUGCCAAUUUUUGGCGUAGGAGAGCUAUAUAUUGGCGGCGCACAACUGGCUAGGGGUUACCAUAACAGGCCUGAUUUGACCGAAGAAAGAUUUGUUUUACGGGGUGAGAAGAGAUUUUAUAAGAGCGGGGAUAUGGUUCGCAUGCUGCGUGACGGCAACUUUGAGUUCAUCGGCCGAGCAGACGAUCAAGUCAAGAUUCGCGGUCUCAGGGUCGAGCUCGGAGAGAUUAACAGCGUCAUUCAAGCAAGUGACGACCGCAUACAGUCUGUCACGACGCAGAUACUGCAAACGGAUGCGAGGUCGAAACACCAAUUGGUAGCCUUCAUGGUUGCUGGCCCGUCAGACAAGGAGCAGCGGACCGAGAUAAAGCGCAAGGCUGAACGAGCGGCGCUGAAUUAUCUCCCAACGUAUAUGGUUCCGCAAUUCUACAUCUUCCUGGGCAAGAUACCCAAGUCUCCUGCCGGGAAGAUCGCCAAGAAGGCCCUGGCGAGCAUUUUCCUGAGCGACGUCAACAUAAGGCCUGAUCCAGAGCUUGACGACGCCAGGGCUGGGAGGGAAGAUUGGACAGAAACGGAAUGCCAGAUUCGGGAAGUGUUUGCGAAAAUAUCUGGGAGUCCUCCAGAGAGGAUCAAUCCUGCCACCACCAUAUACCAGCUUGGCCUUGAUAGCAUCAGUGCGGUACAGGUCGCGGCUGGUCUACGGAAGAGAGGCUUCUCUGUCACUGUGAGUCAUGUUCUAAAGUAUAUGACCUGCCGAGCACUUGGGAUCUAUCUCGCCGACUCGUCGCCCAAGGCAGUGGUGGACGCCACAGCUUUCGACUUCGGAUCUUUUGAUCAGAAUGCACGACCAGAUAUCGUUCGGGCAUUGCACAUUGCGGAUCAGGAUAUUGAGAGGAUUUCCCCCUGCACGCCUGUGCAAAAGGGUAUGAUCUCACAAUUUCUUUCGCGCCAUGGAUCACUUUACUUCAAUCACAUGCGCCUGCAUCUCCAUUCGAAUGUCGAUCUGCUCCGACUUCAAGCCGCCUGGUCAACGGCGAUGAGUUCGCACCGAAUGCUUCGCACUGGAUACUUUCAAGUUGAUGAUCCAAAGCAUGCUUUCGCCAUGAUACACUAUGCCGAAUCGGCUUUCAAGCUCCCAUGGGAGGAUAGGACUGACUCGCAAGCCGUGUCAACGGAAGAAUGGCUCAACCGGGCAGCAAAGAACGCAAGUGACAACCUCCACGAGCCAGGAUGGCGUAUACGGCUAGUGAAGGAAAACAACGAGGUUAUGCUGGACCUCGCAAUAUUCCAUGCCUUGUACGAUGCCCAAAGCCUGAGUAUUCUUCUCGAAGAUGUCUUAAAAUCAUACACGAAGCGGACGAUUAGCCCACCGGUAGCCAUUGAGCCCGUUAUCAGCACCAUUCUGAAGCUCAGCAGCGAAGACAAUACUGAGUCGAGGGACUUUUGGAGAACUCUAUCAUCGACCGUCACUUUGAACCGAUUUCCUGACUUGUCGCCUCUGAGAUACCCACCUGCGCCUCCCUCGGUGCUCACACAUACUUGUACAGUGCCUCUACGAGAAUUUGAAAAGGGAUGUCGGGAGUCGAAUAUCACGCUACAGGCAGCUGGCAUUGCUGCUUGGAUGUCGUUGCUGUUUGCUUAUACGGGAGAAGCUUCCGCAACUUGUGGUGUGGUGCUGUCCGGUCGCAGUUUCGACGCUGCUCGGUCUGUUGUCUUUCCGUGUAUCACGACUGUGCCUUUCGCAUGUACUGUUGGCGAUGACAAGAAGGGGAUGCUGAAAGAGAUUAUGGCUCUGAAUGCGGAAAUUCAGCAGCACCAGUUCGUUCCCCUGAAUGAGAUUCAAAGACUGAUGGGUCAUCCGAACGAGGCGUUGUUCGAUACACUGUUCACUUUUCAGAAGAUUCAGGAUAGCCAGGGUCACAAUGAUCUAUGGAAAGUUGUCGAUGAGAAAGCGGCGGUCGAGUAUCCGGUUUCUAUCGAGCUGGAACCGAAGGGCGAUUUUCUCGAGCUGCGACUCACGUUCCUACCACACGUCAUACCUCAACCGCAGGCUUCGCUCAUGCUGAAACAACUCGAGCAAUUGAUAAUGGAUUUUGCUCUUCUGGAGACGAACACUGGGACCGAGGAGUAUGAUCCGUCACUGUAUUCCAUUACGCGCCCGAGUGAACCAAUUCUGCCCUCCGACGUUGCGUUACUGCAUGAACUUGUUGAGUAUUCUGCAGCCCGAACACCAAGUGAUAUUGCACUUGAGUUCGCGACAUCCGUCGAUGAGGGCAAUUUCAAGAGUCAAUCCUGGACAUAUGCGCAGCUUGAUUCGGAAAGCAACAAGAUUGCCCACCUUCUUAUCUCCCACGGAGCGCGCCCUGGUUCUCUCAUAGGUAUAUGCUUUGACAAAUGCCCAGAGGCGUAUUUUGCCGUAGUGGGGAUCCUGAAAGCUGGUUGUGCAUUUCUAGCACUGGAUCCGGGUGCCCCUGUUGCUCGCAAAUCUUACAUUGUGCAGGACUCUGGUGCAAGUCUCGUACUGUCGAUGUCUGCGCAGUCGCGUGAAUUACGUGAGAAGACGACGGCAACGGUUAUCGAUUUGGACUUCGUCGAUUUGGGUUCUGCAUCGACAGAGAAGCCUGUCUUAUCUCGAGCAAUCGAUCCGCAGGACUGCAGUUAUUGUCUUUACACGUCUGGGACUACAGGAACACCGAAAGGAUGCGAAAUCACGCAUGAGAAUGCUGUACAAGCGCUCAUGGCAUUCAGGCGGAUCUUCAGCGGUCACUGGAAUUCUGACUCACGUUGGUUGCAAUUUGCCUCCUUCCACUUCGAUGUGUGUGUCCUGGAGAUGUUCUGGACCUGGUCUGUUGGCAUCAGACUUGUUUGCGCGCCUCGCGAUGUCAUAUUGGAUGACCUGGCGGCAACAAUCAAUGCGCUACAGGUUACACACAUCGAUCUCACUCCUAGUCUCGCACGGCUUCUACAUCCGGAUGAUGUGCCAAGCCUGUGCAGAGGCGUCUUUAUCACAGGCGGGGAGAGUCUGAAGCAGGAGAUUCUAGAUGUCUGGGGCCCCAAGGCUGUCAUCUACAACGGCUACGGUCCUACUGAGGCGACCAUCGGUGUCACAAUGUACCCGCGCGUUCCGGAAAACGGGAAACCGUCGAAUAUCGGGCCUCAGUUCGACAACGUGGGCUCUUUCGUGCUGAAGCCCAAUUCCGAUGUUCCAGUGCUGAGGGGUGGUGUCGGUGAACUUUGCGUGUCAGGCAAACUGGUGGGGAAAGGGUAUUUGAAUCGUCCAGAACUGACUAGUGAACGGUUUCCCUACCUCGCCCGCUUCGGAGAGAGAGUUUAUCGCACUGGUGACCUGGCCAGGAUCUUGCAUGAUGGCACCUUCGACUUCUUGGGUCGUGCAGACGACCAGGUCAAGUUACGCGGUCAGCGGCUUGAAAUCGGGGAGAUCAAUUCGAUCAUCAAGCAGUCUGCUAGCGGUAUCUCGGAUGUUGCGACGUUAGUAUUGAAACAUCCGAAACAGCAGAAGGAGCAGCUUGUCAGUUUUAUCAUAAGUACUUCAAAGCGGGACGUCGAACCUCGGAUUCUCUUUCAGAGUGCAAAGGAUGCAGUGGCUGCCAGAGAGGCAUGCCAGCAACGCUUGCCGGGUUACAUGGUUCCGACGCAUUUCGUCUCUUUAUCGGCUAUGCCGUUGUCUGCGAACAAUAAGGCCGAUCAUAGGAGGCUUAGAGAGAUGUAUGAGGCUCUUUCGGUAAGCGAUCUUCAGAUGCUUUCCAGAUCGACGGAGGAGAAAGAGGAGGUUUGGGUAGCCGAUGAACGCAGAAUUGCUCAGAUUCUGCAAGAUUUCCUGCGGAUUGGGACUGAUGUCAAGAGGAACACAAGUUUGUUUGAACUUGGUCUCGAUUCUAUCUCGGUCAUUGGGUUUACACGGGCACUAAAGAACGCUGGAUUUUCUGAGGCAAGCGUGUCUAUUGUCUUGAAAAACGAUUCCGUCUCCAGACUUGCGAAGGCUCUAUCUGCGACUAUGGUGUCCUCUAAUCACCGUGCCGCCGUCGCCGCAGCUCAACAAGAGAUUGCAGCUGUUCAGCAUCGAUAUCGACGGGCCGCUGCGGCGAUGCUGGACACCGACGUUGCGGAUAUUGAGGCUGUUGCGCCGUGCACGCCCCUCCAGCAGGGAAUGAUUGCCAGGUCCCUUAGCAGUGACAAAGGCUUAUACUUCAACGCCUUUUACUUUGAGAUAUCCGAAGAGACUGACCAGGAGAGGCUACGGGAUGCAUGGGAAACCGCCUUCUCGGCUAUUCAGGUCCUACGGACAGCUUUCUUGGACACCGAAGACGGGUAUAUGCAGGCCGUGCGUCGAAAGCCGACCCUCCCCUGGAAGUCUUGCGACCUUUCUGGUAAUGGGCAGCUUUCAGAUCGAUUGCAGCAGUUAAAGGGGGAUUGGUGGCUCUCUAACAGGUCACUAUUACGGACACCAUUUGAACUACACCUCGUUACGGCAGCCGAACACCGGAUCCUGGCUGUCCAUGUCUUCCACGCUCUCUACGAUGGUAUCAGCAUUGAUUUGCUCUUUGAAAGAGUGUGGAGGAUCUAUAAUAAGCAGCGGCUCGAUGAUGUCGGUCCGUCGUUCCUCUCCGCCCUGCCAUAUGGACCUUUGAGAAACUGCACAGGCGCUCGGGAGUUCUGGAAAGGGCGAAUCCGUCCUGAAAUGAGUCGCAGGCUGACUACAGAAAAUUCAUCUUCUGGCAGUGCUGCCAUGGUACAUCGACAAAUCGGCUCUCUAAAGGGAUUCCAGAGAGUAAGACGCAGACUUCAGGUCACUCCCCAAGCCGUUCUGCAAGCCUGUUGGGCUACUGUACUGCACACUCAUCUGAAAGGCACUCCCACUCUCGGGGUAGUCACAUCAGGGCGCAGUAUCGACUUCGAAGGUGCUGAGCGUAUCAUUGGACCAAUGUUCAACACCCUGCCCUACCAGCAUGAAGUUGGGCCCAAGGAAACAUGGGCGUCGAUCAUCAAGAGGACUCACGAGUUCAAUGUAGCAGCCCAUCCGUACCAGCAUACUCCGCUGAGAGAUAUCAUGAAGUGGGUGAACAGGAAAUCCGACCAGCCGCUUUUCGAUAAUUUGUUCGUAUACCAGGUCUCGCAGGAUGGGAAGGAAUGGGCGAAGAAUGACUUAUGGAGAUUGCAGGAGGGAGAGCCGGUGGCGGAUUAUCCGCUGGCUUUUGAGGUGGAGCAGAUUGAGGAGACUGUUUUGAAAGUUACUGUGGUUGCGGAGCCGAGUGCUGUGGGUGAAGCUACGGCGCACAUGCUGCUGGAAAAUUUUGAAGAAUCGUUACGGAAGGCGCUGGAGGAUCCUGAUGCGCAGGUCGACUUAGGCAUGCCAGACACCACCGAUGUGGACAACCGUGCGGACAGCGAAAUUGACCAUGCCGUCGACAGCAAGGCGGCGACCAAGAGCGACUUCACCUGGACAGAGCAGGCCAUACAGAUGCGAGAGGUCAUUGCUCGUGUCGCUGGAACAGAUACAGCACAUAUAACCGAUACGACAUCAAUCUUCGAGCUGGGCCUGGACAGUAUCGACGCCAUCAAGCUCGCGUCGCGGCUGAGGAAGAACAACAUCCGUCUUCGUGUUAGCGAUAUCAUGCGUACCCGCACUAUUGCGAGUAUGCUAACACUAGUCUCUGGAAGCGAACCCGAGAGCGCAGUUGGGACAAGACAUUCGGUCUUCGACAUCCAAAAGAAACGACUGGAGGAGCUUAUGCCUCAACUUGGAGUGUCGCCUGCCAACGUCGACCAUAUCCUACCGGUCACUCCCUUGCAAGAGGCCAUGGUUGCAGAGAUGUUGGCUUCCGAGUACAGGGAAUACUACAACCAUGACGUGCUGAAGCUUACGUCCGAUGUCGAUGUAGAAAAGCUUCGGCAUGCUUUCGAAGUAGUAGUCACGGAAUCGUCAAUACUGCGGACUUCGUUCUUGAUGAUUGAUGAUCCGCGAAUUGACUGCUCGUUCGCUCAGCUGGUGCAUCGCGAACCGCACGACUUCUUUCAUUACUGGAGGGUGGACACCGAACCAGACUUCACCAAGGUUAUGGAGAGUAUGCGUGAAAAGGCUAUGGCUGUUGGUACGAAGACACCACUCUUCCAUAUCAACAUCGUCGAGUCAGCAGAGCAUACAUAUCUCGUCCUCUCAAUCUCGCACGCCCUGUACGACGGCUGGUCGCUGAGUCUUCUCCACUCCGACAUCAACGAAGCAUAUCACGGUAGCUUCAAACCUCGGCUCAGCUAUGAGCCUGCUCUAAGAGAUAUCUUGAAUGCCUCCGGACCCGAAGGUGCCGAGUUUUGGCGGGAUUAUCUCUCUGAUGCUAAGCCCUCAAUGUUCAAACGCAGGGAAAGUAUGGAAAGCCCACCUUCACCGCACGUGCACAGACUUGAACAGAACAGCCAAAUCCAACUGGCCGAUUUGACCGCCUUCGCGAAAGGAAACAACAUCACGCUCCAAUCACUCGGCCAAACCGCGUACGCCCUAGUCCUCGCGUCCUAUGUCCAAUCUCUCGAUGUCACAUUCGGCUGCGUACUAUCCGGCCGGGACGACGAACAAAUGUCCAAUAUCCUCUUCCCUACAAUGAAUACAGUAGCCAUUCGCGCCAUCCUGCACGGCUCGCGGAAAGAUAUGCUGCAGUAUAUGCAGCGGAAUUUGCUCAAUCUUAAACCUUGGCAGCAUUUUCCGCUAAGAAAGGCGCAGGCUUUGGCUGGAGCGAAGGGAAGGCUUUUUGAGAGUUUGUUCAUUUACCAGAGGGGUCCAGGGGAGAAUUAUGGACGUGGAAGAGCGAGAAAGAAAUUGUAUGAGAGUGUUGGUGGGCAGAGUGAUGUGGAGUAUCCGGUUUGCGUGGAGAUGGAGGUUGCAAGCGGACAGUUGAUCUGGAGGUGUGCGGUUAAAGAUGAUGUUUUUGAUGCAACAGGAGCGGAAGAAUUCCUGAAUGGAUUGGAUAAAGUCAUGAGAGCGAUGAUGGAGCAGCCGGAUGAGCCGACUAUCGAGUUUGCACCUGCCGGUGUCUCGGUUUGCGGGCUUCCUGCGUUCCAGCAGCGGGACAAUGGAGCGGUAGACUCGGAAAAGAGAGUGAAGGCAGAAGCGGAGCCAGCUGAGCCGGAAAAGAAAGAAACAACGGCUCUCAAGAACUUACGCGAUGUUCUCGCCCUCGUGUCUGGAAUCCCAGAAGAGGAGAUAAAGAAGGAUAUGACCAUUUUCCAUCUUGGCCUCGACUCUAUCAGCGCCAUCAAGGUUUCUGCGCAUCUUCGGAAACGGGGUAUCAAAGUCACUGUGGGGGAUAUGCUCAAGGCCGGCAGUAUUGGGAAUUUGGCGAAACUCCUGCAGGGGAGGAUAUCCACAAAGGAGGAGAAAGCCAGAGAUGAUACCGCCACAGUGGUUCAGGAGGCUCUGCGGCAUAUUGAUCGAUCAGCGGUGCUGCAAAAGGCUGGUAUCGAGGAGGUGAAUGUGGAGCGUAUUCUACCCACCACGGCGGGCCAGAGGUAUAUGAUGUCCAUGUGGCUCAAGUCACAAGGCGCGCUUUUCUAUCCGGAAUUCCCGUAUCGGCUUGAAGGAGAUGUAUCCUUUGUCAAGAUUCAACAAUCGUGGCAAAGACUGGUGGCAGCGAAUCCAAUUCUGCGGACUUCCUUUAUACCACUCGAGAAUAACCGCAUUUCAUGGCUUCAGGUGGUCCUGCACAAAGUUACAGCUUCUGUCAAAGAUAUCACGGGGUUGGAUCAGGAAGCAGUCGCCCAAUUCGUUGAAGAAUGCGCACUACAACAACCAUAUGCGCAGCUUUUUGCCGCCAAGGGCCCGACCGAAUGGACCUUGAGGCUCAAGAUCCACCACGGCCUGUACGACGGUGUAAGCCUACCACUUCUCAUGCGCCAGUUCUGCGAACUCUGCAAUGGCAGUGAACUUCCUGCAGUCCCUCAGGAUAUAUUCGACAAAUUCAUUGCGACCUCUGUCCCAACAUCAGCACAGGAACAACGAAGGUCGUUCUGGGCAAACUACCUCCGCGACCUCGAACCUAGCCACCUACCUCAACCCGCCUCCCCGCCAAUAUUGAGGACUGAGAUUUUCAAGCCUGCGCUCGUACAAGGCCUAAGCGGGCUGGACGCUCUGGCACGUUCCUCGGGUCUAACAAUCCAAUCCUUCGUUAUCGCGCCGUAUGCCAAACUAUACGCCUCCAUGACAGCCACGCCGGCGAAUCAAGACGUGCUUAUUGGGAUAUAUCUUGCGAAUCGUUCGCAUCCUCGUAUCCCCGAUCUCUCGGAUGCGCCCAUCCCAACAGUCAAUCUCGUCCCUCUGCGAGUGAAUCUGCCGCUGCAAAAAGAUGUCUUGGCAGUUGCGGCACAGGUGCAGAAGGAUAUACAAGCCAUUAGCAAUGAGGUUAAUGCGAGUGUUAGUCUGCAAGAGAUUUGGCAGUGGACGGGAGUGAGGGUCGAUACCUUUUUGAAUGUCCUGAAGUUGCCUGAUGUGUCAGCCAUCGAUAGUGCUGAGGGAAGAGAGGAUGGUUUGCGGAUUACGCCGGUACAGGAGUGGGAUAAAGGUGUAGAGAGGGUGGUGGAGACGCCGCGUUUAUUUUCGGUGGAGGAGAUUGGAAGUGUGGUUGGUGUUGAUGCGCAAGGGGUUGGGGAGGCAUAUUUGCAUGCUGUUGAUGUUGAAGUUACGGUACGGAAUGGUGCGUUGGAUGUGGGUGUUUUUGCGCCGGAGGAGAUGCUGGGUUUGAGGAGUGCGGAGGAGUUGGUGGAGGGGUUGAGGAGGGAGAUUGUGACAUUGCUCGAGGAAUGA